AUGCGAAGUCAUAUAGAAAGUUCAGAUAAUCCACACUUCGAAACACCGUUAGUUCCUUAUAAACCAACAAUUCCUUAUAACCUCAGAACAUACCACUUACCGAAGAAUUUCUAUACAAAGCCAAUGGAACAGUCUCAUCUUCGACAAAAAGUUGAAGCUGAAAAGGAUAAAUAUAGACUUAGUCAACUGGACAAAAUUACACUAAAACAACUUGCAGAGGACGACCGACUACUCAUAGAAAGUCACCUGACGCCAUCAGAGAGACAAUAUCUACUAUCCCGACUGGAAACCGGUGAAUUUGAUUCAAUUGUAUUCCAAGACAGGUUUGGCUUGCCCUCCUUUGACUUAAUUAUUUCUGCUAUUGAAAAGAUUGGUGCUGGAGCAGGAAGUUAUAUAGGUGGAAAACUGGCCGGUGAGCUCGGUGCUAAACUAGGAGCAAGUGCAGGAGCAUAUCUGGGUAUUGCUGCGGCAAAUACUUUCACAAAAAAGAAAGAUGAUCCCCCAAAAAAGGCUGAUGAGGAUCCUAGUGAAAAUGGAUUUCUUGGUAAAUCUUUUGGUUUAGGUGGCAUUUAUGGUGCUAUGUUGUUGAAAAAUUGA